AUGUGGGACAACGGCGAAGGUUGUGGCGUGAAACCAACAGAUUAUAGGAAGAUACUGUUCAUUGUAUUGGCUAUUGGAACAGUGGCGAAUUCCGUUUUUCUGUUUGUGAUGUACCGGGUCGAAGCGAUGAGAACAGAAACGAAUUUCUAUCUCGUUAACGUGUCUGCCUCUGAUUUGUUAUUUCUAUCUGUGAAUGCUAUCAUGGAAAUAGCAAGCAGCUUCUACGAAGAAGGUGCUUUGGAAACAGAGCAAACCCUGAAUAUCCUGCAUCUACUCAAUUAUAUCGCAUUUUGGACUGCGAUCUGUACUUUGACCUUUUUUGUUUUAGUGGUCAGUAUCAAGAGAUUUUGGAUAAGCUGCCAAACAAGUAGUCUAUCGGCUCAUGACAGAAAAGGUUAUUGCAGUUCUUCGGUAACUUUCGGUGUAUGGUUUCUUGGACUGAGUAUUGGAUGUACAGUUGCAUUUUGUGACGUACAUACUUUUACUGAUGAUUGGAAAGUUGGGAGACUAGUGUUUCUUUGCAUUCUUACCAUAGUGCCAGUGGUCAUAUUAUGUCUACUCCAUAUGAUGACUGUGUAUAAUACAAAGAAAACUCGGAGACAGUUAAGACGACGUUCAGGCGACAAGCAACCCCUCGACACGCGUCUCUGCUCUGCGUUGGUCAUCACGUUCGUUAUCUGCAUCUUACCACUGUCUAGCUAUUUCGUCAUCGGAUUAUAUUCUAAACUAACCGGACACUACCAUUUUGUGAAUGGUGAGGUACUACUCUUCUGUUUUGUAAAUUAUUUUGGGUUUCCAUUUAUCAUGCAUUUUAUGAUGUGUCCAUUCAUAUUUAAUCUCGGCAACACACAACAUAUCCAAGCCCUCUGCAUUGCAUUUGGCUUUCCUCCAAAAGAAAACGAAGAACGACCAUCGGGAGAAUCGGAAUCUGUGGAAGAAUUCAGCACGGCCAUUUAG